UUUAACAUUUAAAUAAAAUGUGGCGUUUACGUAUCAGUUCAAAAUUAAUAAAAAAUAUUAAAUGCAAUUAUUGCACUGUUCGCACGGAGGCAAUGCCUACACAACCACACAUACCCGUCCUAUGUGAAACCGCUAUAAACUACUUAAAUCCCACAUCGCAACAAACCUUUAUCGAUAUGACUUUUGGAGCUGGUGGUCACACAAAGCAGUUGCUAGAAAGUUGUCAGGAUAUCAAAGUAUACGCACUCGAUCGUGAUCCUAUUGCCUAUAAAUUAGCCAUAGAAAUGAGUGAGGCAUAUUCUGGACGUCUAAUACCAUUGUUGGGAAAAUUUUCGGAUCUACCGUAUUUACUACAUGAACACAAUGUUAAAUAUGAUAGCAUUGAUGGCAUACUCUUCGAUUUUGGUUGCUCAUCAAUGCAAUUCGAUGAAGCAGAACGUGGCUUCUCUAUAUCCAAAAAUGGUCCACUAGAUAUGCGUAUGGAUCGUGGGCUUAACAAAGAUCAGCUUACUGCAGCAGAUGUACUGGCACGAGCUGAAGAAACAGAUUUGGCAAGGAUCAUACGUAUUUAUGGUGAGGAGAAAGCCGCAAAGAAGAUAGCACGUGCCAUAGUGGAAACACGUGCAGCUUUUUACAAGAUUGAAACUACUAAGCAAUUAGCAGACUUGGUCGCUUCUUGUAUGUGUGACCCAUAUCGUUUAGAUAAAUUGCAACGCCCUACACAUGUGGCCACCAAAACCUUUCAAGCCUUACGCAUUUUUGUUAACAACGAGCUGAACGAAAUUAAUUAUGGCAUGAUUCUGGCAAAUAAAUUUUUGCGCCAAAACGGGCGUUUGGUUGCUAUUACCUUUCAUUCACUGGAAGACACAAUUGUUAAAAGACACAUCAAUGGUAAUGUCGUGGAGGGACUGGCCAAUCCAGUGCCAUUAAAAUAUUGCAGUCAUGAUGUUACGCAUGAGCAGGAAUUUGUAGAUUCAUUGUUUGGAACUGCUUGGAAGCAAUUGCAUAAACAUGUUAUCGUGCCGGAUGAAGCCGAAGUGGCACGCAAUAGUCGAAGUCGUUCUGCUAAAUUACGAGCGGCUAUUAAAGUGAACUAAACGCCGAAUAAUAACUGAAAAAUAUGAAAAAAAGCAAUUGAAAAAUAAUAGUUGUAUUAGAUAUGAUAAUAAAUUAGACGAUUUUA